AAAAAUGAUCAGCCGUGGUGAAUAGGCGAAGUAGGAAAACGUAAACAAUUCUGUGUUUAACCUGACACUUUCGUGGAUUCCCGUCUGUUUGUUAUAGUCGAAUAGAGCUAACAAAUAAUUUCACAUGCGUUCUUGAUUUUAGAUUGUUAUUAGCGCAAUGUCAGUUACGCUCCACACAGAUUUCGGUGAUAUCAAAAUAGAACUUUUCUGCGAAGACUGCCCCAAGGCGUGCGAAAACUUUUUGGCAUUAUGCGCUAGCGAUUAUUACAAUGGUUGCGUGUUCAUCCGCAACAUUAAAGGAUUCAUUGUGCAAACCGGCGACCCGUCGAACACCGGCAAGGGCGGAGAAUCGAUUUGGGGCGGCAAGUUCGAGGAUGAGUUCAAAGAAAGCCUGAAACAUUCUGACCGUGGUAUCGUCUCAAUGGCUAAUAGCGGACCAAAUAUGAAUGGUAGCCAGUUUUUCUUCACUUACGCAGCCCAACCACAUCUAGAUUUGAAAUAUACAAUAUUUGGAAGAGUAAUCGACGGAUUUGAUGUGUUAGAUGAGCUAGAAAAAUUGCCAGUCAACCCGAAAAACUACAGACCAUUAGUGGACAAGAAAAUAAUCAGCGUAACAAUACACGCCAACCCUUUAGCGGGUUAGAAUCUACAGUUAAGUUAGUUUGUCUGAUAUGUU